AUGCCACCUUCUAACGAAACACCUAUUCAUGCAGGUACACUGCCUUCUGAGCCAGUCGUCGAUGAGGGACAUGCAACACGACCCACGACCGAUCCCAACACUAACGAUACUGAUAAAAGCACAAAACCAGUAGAUCCACCUCAAUCACCUCCAAUACCGUCAUUCGCUUUUCCCCAAAACCUUCGUAAUAUCUAUAUUAGCCCCGUAACAAACCUUUCAACAAUUCUAACUUCAAACGAUUCAACCAGAACUACCGAAGAUCUGACACCAAAAUGGGAUGAAAUUUGUUUUCAAUGGUGCAAGCAACAGGAUAAAAGUCGAGAACAUGGAAUAAACCCAAAUUGUAGGAUGGUUUGUUUCAGGAAAAUCAAUAACAAUAUGAAAGAGGAAUUUUUUAAAAAAAAACUUGUUGUGCACAAAGAACAAGAUAGAAUUAAUAAAACUGAAAAUGUUGCUCAAGUUUUGUACGGAAAAGAAGGUGAUGAUGAACAAGAGGGCGUAAAGUAUUCCCAAGCUGGACCUAGAAAUUUUUUGGAUGGAUAUUUCAUUUAUUAUAUUAAAGGAUUGGAAGGAUGUCAGAAACAUACGGAAAAUAUGAAAAAUGAUGAACUUCUAAAUCGAACAUCAUGGCCACAAGUCAACCCAGAAGAAUAUGAAAUUGAUUUAGGGGAAAAAUUUGAAAGGACUAAAACCGAAACAAACCGUAUCAUAAAACGAGCAUUCACACCAGGUUAUCAAUUGGGUAAGAGAUAUAUCGAAUCUUGGAGUGAUGGUACACAAGCCGCAUUUUUCAAAAGAUUUUAUGAAAGUGUACAACGUAUGGAUGCUGUGCAUAUGGUGCAAGAUAAUGUUAAGAAAGUUGUUGAGGUUUGGGUUAAAGGAAGUGGUGGUGGUAAUGGAAAGGGUGGAUUUACAGGCAAUUCUAGUCCUAAUGAUAGCGAUCACAAAAAUAAUGAUAAAUCAGAGAAUGAUGAUGAGUCUAACAAUGAGAAUGAUAAAUGA